AUGCCUACCAUGAAGACUCUCCUCCCCCUCCUCGGCGCUGUAGCAGUCGCGGCUCAAGUUCAAAACGAAGGCUGCUACAGCUCAUCCGGUUCACUUCAAAACCACGGCAAGAACAUUUAUCAGUCAACAGGCGCCUGUUUCACGAGCUGCGACAAAACAGUCAUCGGCCUCACUGGCAGUGAAUGUUACUGCGGCGACGAGGUGCCUCCCUUCAGCGAUAAGGUCGAGGACUCGAAAUGCUCAACACCUUGCCCGGGUUAUCCAUACGACAAAUGUGGAGGUGAUGGAUACUGGUCCAUCUCGACUAUCGGUGGAUCCGAUGUCCCCGGCAACACGACUUCUGAAUCAACAACAGCUCCAGCUACUUCAUCAUCAUCAUCAUCAAGCGUGGCUUCGACCUCGAGCAUGAACGCUACUACCACCUCAUCGGCUCCAUCGACUUCUACUUCAGCCGAGUAUACGGGUGCCGCUGCUCAGCCGGCUAUGGGGGCUGGUGUGGUUGCGAUCGGAGCUCUGUUCGCCCUGUUGUGA